CCAGCGUCCGCUGGACCUGCAAGAUGGCGGACGGCGGCGGCGAAGCGGCAGCCUCAGGGGCGCCCACUCCUCCCCCUCCGGAGGGCAGCGGCUCGUGCGCGGGCUGGGCCCAGCGCUUGCGGGCCGGGCUGGCGGGGGCCGGCCUCUCGCUGUGGGUCGUGGCCGGCCUGGGGCUGCUCUACGUUUUGAGGGCGCCCUUGAGGCUGUGUGAGAACCUGGCAGCGGUGACAGCAUUUUUAAAUUCUUUGACUCCAAAAUUCUAUGUGGCACUAACCGGGACAUCAUCUCUAAUAUCUGGUCUAAUAUUUAUAUUUGAAUGGUGGUACUUCCGGAAGUAUGGUACAUCAUUUAUUGAGCAAGUGUCUAUAAGCCAUUUGCGGCCACUUAUUGGAGGGACAGAGAACAAUGUUCCAGAGCCAGGUUCUCCUCCUGGUAGCAGGGAAGCUGAUACCAAUAGGCAGAAUUUGUCAGAAUGCAAGGUAUGGCGAAACCCUUUAAAUCUUUUCAGAGGAGCUGAAUAUAGAAGAUAUACAUGGGUGACGGGUAAGGAACCACUUACAUACUAUGACAUGAACUUGUCGGCUCAGGAUCAUCAGACCUUUUUCACUUGUGAUACUGAUUCUCUACGUCCUUCAGAUACAGUUAUGCAGAAGGCGUGGCGAGAAAGAAAUCCUCCAGCUCGUAUCAAAGCAGCUUAUCAAGCUUUAGAACUGAACAAUGAUUGUGCCACUGCCUAUGUUCUGCUGGCUGAGGAGGAGGCAACAACGAUUGCAGAUGCUGAGAAGUUAUUUAAACAGGCCCUCAAAGCCGGGGAGACAAUUUAUAAGAGGUCACAGCAGCACCAGCACCAGAGUCCUCAGCACGAAGCCCAACUUAGAAGAGACACCAACGUAUUGGUUUAUAUUAAACGAAGACUAGCAAUGUGUGCGAGAAAAUUAGGAAGGAUAAGAGAAGCAGUAAAAAUAAUGAGAGAUCUAAUGAAAGAAUUUCCUCCUCUUAGUAUGUUGAACAUCCAUGAAAAUCUCCUAGAAUCCCUUCUAGAAUUACAGGCUUAUGCAGAUGUUCAGGCAGUUCUAGCAAAAUAUGAUGAUAUCAGUCUUCCAAAGUCAGCCGCAAUUUGUUAUACAGCAGCACUGUUGAAGACUAGGACUGUGUCAGAGAGAUUUUCUCCAGAAACAGCCUCUAGAAGAGGACUGAGCACUGCGGAAAUUAAUGCUGUGGAAGCAAUUCAUAGAGCAGUGGAAUUUAACCCUCAUGUUCCAAAAUACUUACUUGAAAUGAAAAGUUUAAUAUUACCCCCAGAACAUAUUCUGAAACGGGGGGACAGUGAGGCGGUUGCCUACGCUUUCUUUCAUCUUCAGCACUGGAAGCGAAUAGAAGGUGCCCUUAAUCUGUUGCAGUGCACGUGGGAAGGCACCUUUAGAAUGAUUCCAUACCCAUUAGAGAAAGGCCAUCUAUUUUACCCUUAUCCCAGCUGCACGGAGACAGCCGACAGAGAACUAUUACCCACAUUUCAUCAUGUUUCUGUUUACCCAAAGAAGGAGCUUCCUUUUUUCAUUCACUUCACAGCAGGCCUGUGUUCCUCUACAGCAAUGCUUGCCCUUCUCACCCAUCAGUUUCCUGAAAUCAUGGGUGUUUUUGCUAAAGCUGUAAGUAUGGUCUCAAGGACUUGCUUAGAAUAUUUGUGAGACACACAGGAAACUGUUUCUGAUUUGUCUAUGCAAACCAGUUGAGAUGUGGAAAAUGUGCAUUUAGAGUAAAUUAUGAGUCAUGUCUUGUACAGUUGCUGCCACAGAGCCAUCAAAUUUGGGUCUUCAGUGACUUGACCUAUGAUUCUGUAACCUUAACAAAAAACUUGAAAGAGUGCAGUGCUGAACAUUAUAAAGUUGGUCUCUGUAGAUCACUCUUCAUAGUAAUACAGCACUCAUUACUAACUUAAGAACAAUCCAGUUUUUCUUGGCUUGCUUACCAUUAUUGUAUGUUUUGUUUGGCAUUUUGAAAAAAUUCCAUAUUUUAUGAACAAGGCUUCUGGUUUUCCAUUUAAUCUAAAUCAUUAGCUCUAAGAUCCACUGAACUUUGGUUAAAUUUAGUAGUACAGCCAGGGUGGUGCAAGCAAAGUGAUUAGAUCAGUUGCCCUGGAUACAGAAUGUGAUUUGACCUGAAAGUUGCCCCUGGCCACUGCAUCUGAUUUGCUGUCCUGAUUUGAGGGACUCAAAUACACAUCACCAUUUGGUUCUAGACCAGGCAGUGCUUGUGAGCUGAGGUUCCAGGAACUCAUAACUCAGGGUAUAAGUAUCCUCACCAAGGAUAAAGGGUACAGUUAAUGGAAUUUGCCAAAUAUAAAAAUAACAUGUUACAUCUUUGAAUGACCUUAUUUAUUAACUUGUUAUGUUAUGUUAAAAGAAAACUUGAAAGAACAGUCCCUUUUUCAUCUCCAAGUCUUCCAAUGCUAUUUUCUUCUGCAUCUUUCCAUCUUUACACUGGAGACAUUAAAAGAUGAUAAGAAUUUGAAUAUACCGAGAAAAAAGGUGAUGUUUUACUCUCAAUUAAGGACAUUAUCUUCUAAUGUUUAGGUUCAAGUAAAGGUAUUGAGCCGUAGGUUAGUAGUUCUAUCAGCAGUGAUACUAGAAGCCAAAAGGUUUUUUGAGGGGGGAGGGUAGUGGAAAGGGUCAAAAAAUCCCUCAUUCUGCAUGAAGUUUCUAUCUCUCUUUUUUCCUCCAGCUGUUUUUUCUCACCUUCCCCCCAACCCUCAUGUUUUAAAACCCAUUUAAGUGACAGCCUAUUCUGUGCCUUAAAGAUCAGCUGGCUUUCCUCUAAAAUAGGUGGCAAGACUGCUGAUCCCCCUUUUUCCCUGAAGGUCAGCUUCACAAUGUGUUAAGUUGCCACUGGCACCUAGCCUGGGAAUCUGAGUUUGUACUUGAUCCUUGGUCAAAGCCUCAAGUAGAAUGACUCUCCACUAUUGUUGAGGGAGAAAAGAUAUUUGGGUUGGAAACAAAUUAUUCAGUUUCCUUUUAGUGUAACAAAGGAGCUUAUUGAUCACACUAUAACUCUGUUUCCAGCAAUGAUGCUGAGUAGGGAGAGAGUAUUCUAUAGAACUCUGAAACAACUUUACUUACAUUAUUUGUCAGGGAGAGAAAUGGACUCCAAAAAGAAUCUGAUUUUGCAGUUUGAAGAAAGAUAGCAGCUGUGCAUAUGGGAUCAUGGAGGAACACUGGGAGAAAUUGUUCCUAGGUACAUGGCAGGGUAGCAGGGUCAGGAAGGGAAGAAGAGAAAUCUGGAAUAGACUUGUAGACAUUGGAACGACUGUAUUCUUUUGAGGGUAGUGGCCAAGAGUUGGGGUGAAGUAGACUGUUUAUUCCAUCUAUCAUUGAUAGCAUGUAGUGCCUGCCAUGAUCUGAGAGAUCACUGAUGGCUAGAAAAUCCCAUAAGAACCACAUGGAAUAAGUAUACUUAUGGAAGGGUGUAAUUCAUACCCAUUAUUGCUUAAUGAAUAAAUAGUAACAACUUUUGAAGUAAAACUCCUUUCAUAGAUUAAAAUGUACUCAAACCAAGUAAUCUAUGCUGCAGAAAUUUUUUUGCACUAUUAAAGUCUCUAGCUUUUGUAGAAUAGGCUUUUCACCAUUAACUUUUGAUUUAAAAUAUUUAUAUAUUUGUAACUUUGUUGAAUUGAUAUGAAAAUUUUUAUAUGUAACUUUAAAAUGGUAUCCUGCCAAAGUGAACUCUUAUUGGUCAUUUUAUCUCAAAGAUUUUUUCAUAUGAUCUUAAAAUUCCUAAAGUUGUGAGAAGACAGAAAAUAGCUGCAGACUAAUACUGAGAUAUUGCCAUUUACAGGGAACUGACUGUUAGAGAUAGGGUGCUAAGUAAGGUCCAGUUCUCAAUUUAUGAAUUUACCCAUACAUACUGGGAAGUUGGCCACUUUCUUAAUCUGGCACCUCUCUAUUCCUCUCAUUCACCUGCCCAUUGAUUUUGGUGGGGUCAGUUGACCUUUGGUAGGGAAGGAGAGGGGUGUCAGAAAUACUAACAGUCUUUCUUAUACAAAUGUAAAACUUGGUCUCUCGUGCAUAUAUACAGAAAGGGAGGAUCUAUUCUUUCAUUUUCUCUUAGAAUCUGCUAGUAAUGUUGGUUUGGUAUAGUUGAAACACUGCUGGUAUUUUACUGAUUAAAUAGUCUUUUGUGGGGUGGUCUGGAAACUUAGCCACUAUAGCUCUUUCCUAUAAGAAAAUCUGUUAAAUUCCAUACAGUCUAAUUAUAAAUGGACUUCUGGAACACAACCCAUUCCUAAUUUAGCCUAUUGUCAGGUAUUUGGUUAUUAAAAUAUUUGUUAAAGGGAUGAACACAACAGAAAUUGAGGACGAUUCUCCAAGCAUACUUAUUUAGUCAAGGAAAACCUUUCAAAAUCUUUUCUUAGUGAGCUUAUUUCAUAAUUAACUUUAUCUCUCAUUUUCUCCUUUCACUUUAAGCUUUAUAAAAUUGUUGCAAAAAUGUAUUUUUUCUAAACUAUCUUUAAGAAAUUUUGAUAUCUUUCAUACUUAUAAGUCAUAAAACCUUAGAGUUAGAAGAGAUUUUGAAGGUCAUCUUGUCUAACCUCUGUCCAAAUCAUAAAAUUCUCAUAUAACAUGGAUUAUCCAGAUGAUUAGCUUCUACUUAAAGACCUCCAAUGACAUGGAAUUCACUACCCCCAAAGUGAACUAAAAGGAUUGGUGUUACAUGCGAAUUUGAAUGAUAUUGUACUUUCUAGAACUUGACUUCACUUUUACAAAACUAAUAUUUUUCCUGGAUGAUAUGAAAACUUCAUCUAGCAUCAGAUAAAGAGAAAGAAGACAAGAAGCGGAAUGUGCUGAUACCAUACUCAAUAUUCUCCUUUGCCAAAAUGAGUGAAAAAGGAAGGAUUGCCUUAAAACCAGAAGUUUGUUUUCUUACAUGCUAUGUUAAAUAUUAAAAUUCAGAGUAAGGGUAGUGAACAGACUAGUUGGACUGUAAUAUGAUUCCUGUUAUCUGAGAAGAACUUUUCUUCAGGAAUGAUUCUGCAUGUUCCUUAAAAAGCCAGCCCCUACUCUCCUUGAUUUCAUUUUUCUGUUUUGUAAAGCAGGCUUCCUUCUUAUUCAGUAGCAUUUGAUUGGACCUUCUCCUUAGCAUCAGUACUCCAGAGAGAAGCCACUUAAGGUGUCACAUGCUGCUUUUACCAGCGAACUAAUAAUACAGUAAUAGAUUUAGGUUUCUUACAUGUGACAGGAGUGUUUAUCAACAUAAAGAUGGUUUAGUGCCUUUGAAAAUGGGGGAGAAGGUGCUGUAAUGUAUAACAUGAAGUGGAGAAUCAGAAAGACCCCUGACCUUCCAAAUAAAAUGCUGACAAUUAUUUUCUCCAAAGCAGCACUUCGCAAAAUUUUUGUUCCACUUGCUUUGUAUUAUAGUUGUGCUGAUCAGGGAGUGGGCCCCGUUUCCACAUAGUUCUUCUAAUCUUUAUGUGGGAAAAAAUAGUUGGACAUGCUGGUGAUGAAUUUCUGAGCAACUUAUAAUUGGCUAGCUCCACCGUAGCCAGGGCCUAACAAUCUGCUUGAUUAAUUCUUUAAGGGCUGCAUUAGCCAAGUUGUAUGAUUUCCAAAGAGAUAGGUCAAAUGUUACACUAACAAAGGACCUCUAUGCAAAAUUUUUCUCUUGGGCUCCUUCAACUCCUUUCCCAAAAUAAUUAAUUUUUUCUUCCAAAAUUACAUUUGGUUUUGAAUAAAGAUAUGAAUGCCAAAUGUUGCCCUCCCUGAGUGGGCACUAAACAUUUAGGAAGGACCUUCUAGCCAUAAAAUUUUCUCCAGAAUAAAAUUAAUUUUUGAUCCUGGUGUUAUUGACAAGAUACCAGUGGAAGAAGAAAUGGUAAAUACAGUUAUUAAGUAUGCUUAAUAAAUCAUUGUUAUACCUAGCAUUUAGCUCAGUUGAUAUAAUACCAUUGGAAAUCUUUUAAAAAUAAUAUCUUAUUUCAGAAAGGCUGAAUAGCUAUGAUCAAUGUGUAUCUCUUUUGCAAGUGUAUAUUGUCACAAUCAGUCCCCAGAUUGAUAACAGAUGACUUUGUGUGAAAAUUGAUAAUUUUGGAAAUUAAAUUCUACAUUGCAUGCAAACUCAUAUGGCAAAAAUGAUGUGCGUUUUCAGCCCCCUAAAUUUUCAAUUUAGAUUUUAAUCCUGAGAGCAUUGUUCUGUAACUGCCUGUUGAGGCUACACUGUACCAGAGGUGUUUCAGUGAGACUCUAAUGAAUAAAAUGAGCCUUCUGGAAGGCAAGUCUGAA